CCAUUUAUUUUUUCAUGAAUUAACCUUUUCUGUUUUGAUUUCUUUUCUACUUUUUUGGUUUUUUUUUUCUUGCAGAUGGGAAAAUCAAAGAUGGGAAAAUCAUCUUCUUUGAAGAAAAAACGUUCCAAAAAUUCAUCUCAGUCACAAAUGAGGAAGAGAAAUAAGGUUAAAAGCAGGAGAAGCAAGUCCAAGAAGCUUCGAUGUCGACAUGAUGAUUCUAUUUCUUGUUCGGAUGAUAGUGAUUUGCGAAGUAUGGUGUCUGUUUCAUCCUCUAGUUCUGAGGAUGAUUAUGGAAGUCGCCGGUCCAGGUCUCGUAAUAGGAAGGUUGUGAAAGGUGGUAAGAAGAGGGCUAGAACACGGUCCUCCAGUAGGGAAAGUAGUGAGGAUUCUCCUUAUGUAAAGAAACGUAGCAGAUCAAGGGGGGAUGAUAAAAGGAAGAGAACAGGCAAGAGGAAGAAGUCUAUGAGAGACUUGAGUGUGAGUUCUAGGAGUAGUGGGUCAUUGAGUUGCUCAACUUGUUGGAGUGGCAGUGAUGAGAUCGGAUAUGAGACAAGAAGGGGCAGAUCAGAAAGGAAGGAGAAAGAUAGAAGAAGGCUGGAGAAGGAUAAAACUGGAAGCAAAAGGAGUAAGGACAGAUCAAGGAGUUGUUCAUACAGUAGAUAUAAUGAAGGCAAUGAUAAUACGAUUGAGUUGAGAGUGAUGGAGGAGAGCAAUUCAAGACGGCUGAAAUCAGUAAUUACUGCUGUUAAACAUGAAAAGGAAAGCAGCAGAGAGUUGAAUACUGAUGAGCCUAAAGAAGAAGUAUAUGAUUAUGAUGAUUACCCAUCCUGCAGAAGCAAUGAUAGUAAUGAUGGCUGUAGUCGGAGGGAGUUACCUCAGCAUUCCCAUGUUGUAUCCAAGACUAAAAGGUCUUUAGAUGAUGAGAAAGGAGAAGUUUCUAACAUCAGAACAAACAAUGUUGAAGAAAGUGGCAAGGAUGGUAAACCUAGGUAUGAUGCCUUGAGGGAAAAAAGAAAGGUUUCUAGUCCUUUAAACGGUGAUGAUAUGGAAUCAAUUUUAAGACAGCGUGCACUGGAAAACUUACGAAAGUUUCGUGGUGGGCUCCAGACAAACAUAAAUCCACCUAUUACUCAGAAUGAUAAGAAUGAUGAUGAUGUUAAAACACCAUCCUCUGCAGACACUGACCUGUUUCAGAUUACUGUUCCUAAGGGAGAUGAUUCUAGAGUGGUGAUGGCAAACCAAGUGAGUCAACCAAUUAGACAGCAUCCAGUUAGAAUAGACUCUACAAAUCUUCCUAAGAAUGAUAGGAACACAUCAUAUCUGAAUGAUGUUGGAAAAUAUUCUGGGACUGUGGGGAGUGAGGUUGCUUCUCCACCCGCUCUGGUGGUUCCUGCUGGUGUUCCUAGAGUAGAGUUUAAUACAGCUAUUAAUACUGCUUCUAAUAAGUCAAAGUUGGUUAUGUCACAAGCCAGACUUGAAGCAACUGAUACUUGCAUUACUCAGAAAAAAGAAGCUGCUGCACAGGAACCUUCUCAAGCCAAGUUGGUAACCAAGACUAGUGUGAAUGAGGGUGGUUUAAAAACUGCCCAAACUGUGAAACCCCCCGAAGACAAUGCAGCUUCUGUUUCUAAUAGGCCGAAGUCUGUUAAAUGGCAAAUAAGGUCACGAACCAGACUUGAAGCACCUAACACUCGCACUACUCAGAAACAAGAAGCUGCUGCACAAGAACCUUCUAAAACCAAGAGUAGUGUGAACGAGGGUGGUUUAGAAACUGCACAAACUGUGAAACCCCAUGAGUACAAUGCAGCUUCUGUUUCGAAUAGGCCGAAGUCCGUUAAAUCACAAAUAAGACAGGAAUCACCUAAUACUUAUACCACCCAAAAACAAGAAUCUGCUCAAGCUAAGUUGGUAACUGAGAGUAGCGUGAAUGAGGGUAGUUUAGAAACCGCCCAUACUGUGAACCCCCCAGAGUGUGGCAAUAGUGGUGGUAAAGUUAAUGACACCCAUGAUUCUGCUUUCAAUAAGCCAUUUUCUUCUUCCAUAUCUACCGCUGGAGGCAUUAGCUCAGAUAAACUGGAAGAUGAGACCAACGAUGGUUCACAGUUUCAGCAAAAGACAAUGUCUGUGAUGCGGGGUGGGGAAAUGGUACAGGUGAGUUACCAGGUCUAUAUCCCUAAGAGAGCCGCUGCUUUGGCUAGGAGGCAACUCAAGCGCUGAUGUUAAAUCUAAAGAGUUGAUUCAAGGAGGUAAUUUUUGUGAUGACUUGAGAGUUGCAGACAACUAUAAUUUUGCCUGCAACAUCAGUUGGAGAUAUUUCUGCUGAUAAAGAGUAAAUCAUAGUCGACCUUCUGAUUUCUGAUUGACCUCUAGUACAGCAGCUAUAGCUUUUAGAAGUAUGGAACUAGAUGGUGCAGUAUAUUUUGGUAACAUUGGGUUCUAUAGUACAUUUCAGUGUUAUAGUAAUAUUUUAGCCGACUUGCUUAAAUAGUGGAUGUACUGAUAACUGCUGCUUCAUAUGGCCACUCUGCGGAUAGAUUUUUUUCAUCCUCUUUUCUUGGCAGUGUAGUAUACAGUGGAUGACACACCCUUUUCUCUUUAAUGAAACUCAACUAUGAAUAUGAUUUG